AUGGCCGUAUGCAUCUACGAGCACGAUGCAGCCACAAUAAUACCGGCACUCGUAUCUGAACUGCCGUAUUCCACGACUCUGCUCCGACGAAUCCAACACGGAAUUGCCUAUCCGUGUGAGACCGCUCACAUAUUAGCAACUUUCCCGCCCGGCUCUACCCCUGAGCCUGGACAGCCGUGGCUGGCUGCGCGGGUGGAUCUCUUUGGCGGGCGUACAACACAAAUGCUCGUCUACUCCAGCCUCGAAGCGGAGCACACGUCAAUUCCGCCGAUCGUCACUGUCAGCGAUACCAAGGCCACUACACCGGAGAUAUUAAAUGUGGACUCAACAGGAUCCAAUAAUAACCGAAACAAUACCAAUGAUAAUAAUGAUGACAACCCUGCCAUCAACAUCACCAAGCCCAUUGUUUCCACCUUUUCCGCCAGCCCACCCGUCCUAGCCCUGGCCCGCGCGCAGUUAUUGGCCUUGCUGUCAUAUGUCAAGACCUACCUGCUACCCCCGUACCUGUCGUAUUUGGCGAGGUCAGCCCAAGCCGCAUCUGCGGAAGCUGCAACUAUCUCCGUGUCGGUGUCGCCGGGGACCGCGAACAACACCAGUCCAACUACCAAUAAUACGAGUAGUGUUCCCCUGAUUCCUGAGCCAGACCCACGGGCCUUCCUCAUCGGCAGCCUUCAUACAGGUCUAUUCUCUCUCCUGCAGCGAUCUGGCUCUUACACUCAAUCUGACCCGAUACCCAAUAUCCGGGUCCAUCGCUUCGACGAUCCCCCUUAUUACAAGUAUUUCUUUCGGAGAUUUGAUUUCAGCCCCAAUGCAGAUCUCCCGUUCGCCGAUCUGUCCCUCCCAUCCGGAUAUAGGUUCUAUGACCGAAAAGGGAGGGAGGGUGUUCUGAAUAAGCAUCUGGAUCUUGUACAGAGUCGGACACAUAUCCCCAGGCCAAGGACACAGCUAUCUACAAUUCCCGGUAUGGCAGUCUAUUUUGAUUCUGUGUCUGGUGAUACUGAUGAAACGCCUAUUGCGUGGGGAUUCUUGGGUGUGGAUGGAGCGCUGGCGACGUUGCAUGUUGAGCCGGAGCAUCGGGGUCGAGGUCUUGCGGUUCCAUUGUCUAAGGCUAUUAUGCGUCGUGGCAUGUCAGUAGAUGGUGUCUUUGGGGCUGCAAAUGUCAACUCUGAGGAUUGUCAGACUCGAGAGCGUGUUGGGGCUUGGGCGCAUGCUGAGGUGGCUGGGUAUAAUAAUGCAAGUCGGAGGGUCAUGGAAAAGAUUGGCGGUCAGGUUUUGACAACUGUCACCUGGACUGUGAUUGAGCUGCUUGAUUAA